AUAGCAUCACAACCAAAUCGAAGGCCACGCUUCAUUUGGUUAUUCUCUGCACUGACGGUUCCUAAGAAUAAUAAGGUGCAAAAGGGACGAGGGUGACGCUGAUACCAAUACCAUACGGUUGAUGUGAAGUGGUGCAGCACCAAAAGGGAACAAGAAAGAUGGAUGAGGAAGAAAUUCAUAUCGCAGUCGGGAAGAACUUCAGAAAGGAGAAGGCUAACAUACUAUGGGCCGCUGCAAAUUUCCCAAGGGCAACCAUAGUUCUUGUCCAUGUCCACUGGCCCUCCAAGUGGAUGCCCUUCAUGGGUGGCAAAGUGUUAUACAAGUUUGCUGACGAAAAGGAGAAGGAAAUGCAUAGAGCCAGAGAAACGGAAGCAAUGGUCAAGAUGUUGUCACGGUACAAAAGUCUGUGUGGUACAAGAAAGGUUAGCGCACAUUACCUUACACAUGAUGAUAUUAUUGCCGGUGUUGUGAACCUGAUAAAGAAGCUCAACAUUAAGAGAAUUGUCAUCGGUUCAAGGAACAUAUCAAAGCAAGCGGUGGUUCGUCAAUGCUGUCAGGUUUGGGUGGUCCUCAAUGGCAAACACAUCUCCACUAGCAAUGAUCAUCUGGAGCACACUGGAAGCAUUGGAUAUGGAGGGAGCUCAGAUACUUUAGCAUCUAUACAUGAGCUAGAUGACGAAUCUGAUGGCUACACAACACAACCUAGUGAUUUUGUAGAUGAAAUCAUGGAUGAGGAGGUCAUUGAAAUGGAUUAUUCUAAUCAAGCAGAAGCUGAAACAUUGACUGAACAUGGUACAGAGGAAUCAAUUGCUUAUGAGGAGGUGGAAAUCUUUGCCGAAGAGGGUGCUGAUCAAUCUGAUGAGAUACAGAGUUUCAGAAAUACUACUGAAAAGGCUGAAAAAAUCAUGGAGCAAAUAGAUAAACUCCAAAAGAAACUGAAAGAGCUGCAAGGAGAGGGCCAUAAUCAUGAAGAAAGUAGCCUGUCACAUAGACAGUUGGCUGCUUCAUUGAAGGAGAAGACCUUAUCAAAACAAAGAUACCCAGAGCUUCAAAUUCCAGAGCACAUUGAACAAUUCUCGAUGUCGCAGAUCGGGAAAGCGACCAAUAACUUCCACUCAAGAAAUCUCAUAGGAGAAGGUGGAUACGGCCCAGUGUAUAAAGGAAAUUUGGGUGGCGUGCCAGUGGCUAUCAAGUUGUUGAGGCCUCAUGGUAGACAAGGUUUCCCAGAGUAUCAGCAGGAGGUGGUGGUGCUGAGCAGAUUGAAGCACCCGCACAUCGUGAGGAUCAUCGGCGUGUGCCCGGAGUCGUGCAGCCUCGUGUACGAGCACCUCCCCAACGGCACCCUCCUGGACAGGCUCUCCAAGGGGCUCCUGUGGAAGGACCGCGUCAGGAUCCUCGCCGAGCAGCGGUCCGCGCUGGCGUACCUCCACUCCAGCCGUCCUCACGCCAUCAUCCACGCCGACCUGAAACUGACCAACAUUCUCCUGGACGCCGGCAACGUAAGCCGGCUCGGUGACUUCGGGACGGCGCGGGUGGUGCACGUGAAGCCGCUGGAGGAGGAGACCAUCAGCCGGCGCACGAACCCGAUGGGCACGACGGGGUAUAUGGACCCCGUGUUCUUCAUGACCGGCGAGCUGACCACGGAGUCGGACGUGUACGCGUUUGGCGUGGUGAUCCUGCAGCUGCUCACGGGGCUGCUCGACCUCGACAUCGCCGAGCAGGCGCGCGAGGCGGUCAAGAUGGGCGCCGUGCACAGCGUGCUGGACGCGUCCGCGGGGUGCUGGCCGGAGGUGCAGGCCGAGCGCCUGCUCAAGCUGGCGCUGAGGUGCUGCAGCCUGGAGAGGAAGCGGCGGCCGGCCAUCACGUCCGACGCCGAGUGGAGAUCGCUCCACAUCCUACGGGCCAUGGCAACGCCACCUAAUAAAUCACGGAAAUGGGGUUCCCAUGCUAGCUCAAUUUACUUACUGUAAUUAAUGUGCAGCAGGCGCCACUGUACUUAAUUGCACCCGCGCCUAGUUUAGUGGACUACCCUGUUGCAAAUGCCAACUGACCAAAAAUAUACUCCACUACACCAUAUAGGAGUAGUAGUAGUAGUAGUAGCUAGCUAGUACGUAAUUCUCUUGUGAUUACGCAAGCAUCAUCCAAGAAUUAAUGUGCACUAGAGUAGAGUACAAACAAUGGAUGGAGUAUUGUAACCAGAACAUGCAAGUGCUAGAUAGAGCAACUUAAGAUAAUUGUGCACGUCUAUUUUUUGGAGCGUGCACCAACAUCUGACAUCA